AGGCGCCGGCGGACGGAGCAGAACGAUCUAUGCUUUUAGCAUUGCAGUUGAUUGAGGGGACAAAGACAAAAAGAAGGAAAAUGGAGAGAGAAACUGAUUUUGGGGACAGUUCUUAUGGAGGAUCAGAGGGGUGAAAGAAAACCCAAAGAACCUGCACUAAGCCAUAAUGUCUUCGGAAUUGGAGACACCAUCUGAUGGAGUGGAUGAAUCUGAAAAAAAAAACUAUGGCACACCUGAAUGGGAAAACCACAUAAAAUUAACAGAUCUGUCUGAGCUCCUCAAGGAAGGGACUAAGGAGUCCCAUGACCGUGCUGAGAAUACCCAGUUUGUCAAAGAUUUCUUGAAAGGACACAUCAAGAAAGAUCUCUUUAAGCUAGCUACCACUGCACUUUAUUUCACAUACUUGGCCCUAGAAGAGGAGAUGGAGCGCAACAAGGACCACCCAGCCUUUGCUCCUUUAUAUUUCCCCGUGGAGCUACAUCGCACGGAGGCACUAACCAAGGACAUGGAGUAUUUCUUUGGAAAGGACUGGAAGGAGCAAUCGAAGUGCUCAGAGGCCACCCAGAGCUAUGUAGACCGGAUCCAUUACGUGGGGCAGCAUGAGCCUGAGCUCCUGGUGGCCCAUGCCUACACACGCUACAUGGGGGACCUUUCUGGUGGCCAGGUGCUUAGGAAGGUGGCCCAGCGGGUACUGAAGCUGCCAAGCACAGGAGAAGGGACCCAGUUCUACCACUUUGAGAAUAUAGACAAUGCCCAGCAAUUCAAGCAGUUUUAUCGGGCCAGGAUGAAUGCCCUGGACUUGGAUAUGAAGACCAAGGAGAAAAUUGUUGAGGAGGCCAACCGGGCCUUUGAGUACAACAUGCAGAUUUUCAAUGAACUGGACAAGGUUGGCUCUUUGCUGGCCAAAGAAUCCCUGGAUGGAGAGUUCUUACAUGAUGGGAAAGGAGAUGUGCGCAAGUGCCCCUACUAUGCUGCUCAACAAGAUAAAGGUACCCAGGAGAGUUGUGCUUGCCCCUUCAAAGCUGCCACAGCUGUAUUGAGGCAACUCAACCUUCAACUCUUCCUUGCUGUCAUGGCCCUGGUUUGUGGACUGAUUGCCUGGUACUUCAUGUGAAGCAGGAGCCUGUUACUCUGGUACCCUCCAGGGAUGAUCCCAGUCAACACCCCUACCCCUACCCUAACCCCACUGACUAAACCACCUCCUCAGGUGACUUUUUUUUUUAAGCUGGGUUUGAGAAAACGAGCAACCAAUAAAACCAGACACUAAAGUCAAUGCCUAACAGACUGCUCUUUGCAAUGUUUUUGUAACCCAGAUACUAAGGGUAGGGGUGUGGAUCUCCCCAGCAGUAGAAUUCUGCCCAGAGGAGAACUCAAACCCAGAACUUGGAGACCCAGGGAGCACAGCUUAGAUCCAAAAACCUCUAUGCAGUGGAGUCAACCCCUCCCCUGAGGGUUCCACCACUACUUAGGGCUAUCUUCUUCCUUCCUCUCCUCACUCAGUGGAUGAGACGUUUCAGAACAAUGGGAACUUGUAGGGGUGGAAGGAGGGGAAAUAAAGCUGCUACGCUGUGUCCACCACACCAAAGGCAGGGGGACAGAUAGCCCUGGGAGGAAAAGAGCCCAUGUUUCUGGCCUGGGGAGCAGGCUCCUACCCCAGAUUUAAUUUUGUCUGCUUUCUUCAGGCCACCAAACCUCACUGUCCCUUCUGGACAGAACAGAAGUAAAGCGUUUGGCUCCACAUGUAACCAAUGUAAAUGCUAAAAUUUCCAAUAAAGUUUAUACUUCAU